GCCAUCCAUCAUCCAUACAAACAAGAGCUUUGUUAUAUAAAUGCAACCUUUCAACCAUAAAGAAAAGCAAAAUCUUGCAUUUCGGAGAUGGAUAUGGAAGACUGGGAGAUGCUCAACACAGAAGAACAUGGAAGUCCAAACAACUUCACCAAAUUGGAGGAGGAAGAAUCAAAAUUCAAUCCUGAUAACGACGGCGUUGUAAACAUGGAUUACUUCACCUGCGUAUUUCCUCCCUCUUCACUGCUCAACAACAAUAAUGUUGAAGCCGAAGAUGUUCAAGAAGAUGACCUGUCAAAAAUAAAAGAGGUAAGAAGCCUUGCGCUGCUGCCGGAUGUACUAGCAGAGAUGGGGAUAAUAUCUGAACUAUUCAAGGGGAAUCUAGAGGAUGAUUCUGUGAACAUGAAGAUUGAACAUCCGAAAUGCAUUAUCAGGGAGUUCUACCAGAGUGAAGACUCGGAGGAUUAUAGCUCAGAGGAAUUAUCGUUUCGAGAUGAUGAUGAUUAUGGAGAUGGCAAUAACAAUGAUGGUAGUCAGUCUCGUGUGAAGUUAUGGGGAUCAAGAUUGAUAGGAGCAGCUGCGGCCACAUUGUGUGUUCUUCUGCUAAGUGGAUGCCCGAAGAGGAAACCACGGCUUCAGAAUCAGAGAUCGUAGGGUUUGCUGAGAUUCCCAAGCUAGAGGCUAGCCUUAGCACACCGGAAGCCAACUAGAGCUGGGUGACCUUGCUCAAUCUGUAGCCUUACUAGUUAUUGGGGGAGCCACAUUGGGUCGAGGACUCACAAAGUUGACUUUUUCAAGGCAGUGGUGCUCACAUGAACAUUCACCAAGAUUCUUUUCGGAGUCCUUUCUUGCACGUUUAUAAUGGAUCCAAGGGGCUACAAGCCUGCAACAUACACAUUUUAAUAUUGCAUGUGUAAUGUAUUGCUUUGGUUUAAGAGUCAAAGUAAAAACCUACUGAAAACUAA